AUGAGAGAGACGACUCGAAGACCAAAAUGUUUAGGGAGACUAGGUCGAGUGGUAUAUACUUGCGAACGCGAGUCCCGCAAUAUUGACACAAGGGACAGAGUCAGGAAGACGGCUAAGUCCAAAAGGCCUCAAACCCGUAAUGCCACAAAACUGUUGACCGGUGCUUACUGUCGUUCUCUGCCAAGGUGUGGUAUUGCAAACGGUCCUCGGAUUGUUGGAGGUCAACAAGUUAACCCGAAAAACAAGUACCCAUGGAUCGUCGGUUUAAAUAUACUUCCUGUUACCAAUAGGACUUUGUACGAUUGUGUAGGAUCUAUCAUUAACGAUCUAUACAUCUUAUCUGCCGCGCACUGUCUAUUUGAUCAAGAUACAUUGGUACAACUUGAUGCUAGUAGUGUUAUGGUUGGCAUCGGAGAUCAUAACCAGUUAUCGACAGAUGAUGAUGUGGAGGGUAUCACCCGUCAAAUUGAGGUUGAAGAAAUCAAAAUCUUUAGUCAGUUCAGUAUUGUAAAUGUUGAUUUUGACAUAGCACUUCUGAAACUAAAAGAGCCAUUGGAUUUUACACCUAAAGAAAUAGGGCCUAUUUGUCUUCCUAAAGACGACACUCAAACAUACGGAGGAGACCAGGGUGUUGUUGUUGGCUGGGGCAUUACAAAAGAGGGUGAAAUUAAUCAGCCUGCUAUCUUAAUGGAAGUGGAGCUUCCUAUCCUUCCGGCAGCUGUAUGUGAAACUAUGAUGGUUAAUUUCUUCGAUAUAACAGAGAGGAUGAUUUGCGCUAGUGUGGAGGGAGGGAAGGAUGCUUGUGAAGGAGACUCUGGAGGACCUUUAUCAGUUGUGGAAGGGGAGCAACAUAUAGUAGUAGGUGUAUCUGCUUUUGGCGAGGGAUGUGCUAGAGAUAAACCUGGUGUGUACUCUCGAGUGAUGGAAAAUCAGUGGAACAUGCAAUUCAUCCUGGACCAGCUGGUGACAAUGCAGCAGAGGCAAGGAACGUUCUACAGCAGUCAGCAGACGGUGCUUACUCAACAGGAUAUGGUGUAG